CUCACAGAUUUCAUUCUGCUACAGCUGGUGGCUGAGCAUUUGUGCCUGGGAUGGCGGAGGAUCAGGAGCUGACUCAGCCACACAAAGCUCAACUGGAGCCCUCCCUUCAGCAGCGCACCAGCAACACAUACCGCAGUGCAGAGCACUCCCAGGCCUUGCUCAGUGGUUUGGUGUCUCUCCGAGACAGCAGCAUCCUCUUCGAUGUAGUUCUCGUAGUGGAAGAGAAACCUAUUGAGGCUCAUCGCAUACUUCUGGCUGCAUCCUGUGACUAUUUCAGAGGAAUGUUUGCAGGAGGGCUGAGAGAGAUGGAACAAGAAGAAGUUCAUAUUCAUGGCAUCUCCUACAAUGCAAUGUGUAAAAUCUUGAACUUCAUUUACACUUCUGAGCUGGAACUCAGUGUGAACAGUGUACAGGAAACCUUAGCUGCAGCCUGUCAGCUUCAGAUUCCAGAAGUCAUUAAGUUCUGUUGUGAUUUCCUCAUGUCCUGGGUAGAUGAAGAGAACAUCCUCGAUGUGUACAGACUAGCUGACCACUAUGACUUGAGACAUUUGAGUGACCAGCUGGACUCCUACAUUUUGAAAAAUUUUACAGCUUUCUCAAGGACACAAGUGUACCGACAGCUACCCUUGCAGAAAGUCUACUCCCUUCUCAGCAGCAACCGUUUGGAGGUUAACUAUGAGUUUGAAGUUUAUGAUGGAGCACUUUUUUAUCAUUAUUCUCCAGAGCAACUGGAGACAGAUCAGGUCUCCCUGAUGGAGCCUCUUAAGCUACUUGAGACAGUUCGUUUUCCUUUGAUGGAACCCCAGAUCCUGCAAAGGCUUCAUGAUAAACUAAGUCCAUGUCCUUUAAAAGACACAGUUGCAGAUGCAUUAAUGUACCACAAGAAUGAAUGUCUUCAGCCAAUGCUUCAGAGCGCCCAGACACAGCUGAGAUCAGAGUUUCAGUGUGUAGUGGGAUUUGGAGGGAUGCAUUCUACUCCAUCCAUUGUUCUCAGUGAUCAAGCCAAAUAUCUGAACCCUUUGUUGGGAGAGUGGAGGCACUUUACAGCUGCACUAGCCCCCAGAAUGUCCAACCAGGGGAUUGCUGUUCUCAAUAAUUUUGUAUAUUUAAUUGGUGGAGACAACAAUGUAAGUGGUUUUCGAGCAGAGUCAAGGUGUUGGAGGUAUGACCCACGACACAACAGAUGGUUCCAGAUCCAGUCCCUACAGCAAGAGCAUGCUGACCUCAGUGUUUGUGUUGUGGACAACUAUAUAUAUGCGGUCGCAGGCCGAGAUUACCAUGAAGACCUGAGGGAAGUGGAGAGGUAUGACCCUAAAAGCAACACUUGGGAAUAUGUGGCACCUCUGAAGAAGGAGGUGUACGCCCAUGCAGGAGCAGCACUGGAUGGGAAGAUGUAUAUCACCUGUGGGAGGAGAGGAGAAGACUAUUUGAAGGAACUCCAGUGUUAUGACCCAAAGACUGACAGCUGGGAUGUCUUAGCAGAUGGCCCAGUGAGACGUGCUUGGCACGGGAUGGCUGCACUGCUGGGAAAGCUCUACGUGAUUGGAGGAAGCAACAAUGAUUCUGGCUACAGAAGGGAUGUUCACCAGGUUGCCUGCUAUAAGCCAAGCACUGAUCAGUGGACAAACGUAUGUCCACUUCCUGCAGGACAUGGAGAGCCAGGCAUUGCAGUCUUAGACAACAGGAUUUAUGUCUUGGGAGGAAGAUCCCACAACAGAGGAAUCCGUAUGGACUAUGUCCACAUUUACGAUGCAGAGAGAGACUGUUGGGAGGAAGGACCUCAGCUGGAGGAUGAUAUUUCUGGGAUGGCUGCCUGUGUCCUCACUUUGCCCAGGGCUAUUUUAAUGGAAACAGAGAAAUGGCUCUCAGAAUGGCAUGCAGACCGAAUGAAGCAUCAUCUUGACUUUCCAUCAGAAGUUAUGAGCGUAUCAGACUGGGAGGAAUUUGACAAUUCCAGUGAAGAUUAGAAAACUUUAAUAUUUAUUUUUUUGCCAGUGGAUGAAGAAAUGAAGGCUUGGAGAAAAUACUUAAAAGAUUUUAUAUGUCUUUCUUAUAUACAUAAAUCAGUAUUUAAAGGUUUGAAAAAUCAGUGUUCUGCACAAAAUGCCAUUCACAGUCAAUAUCUACCCAUCUGCAAGUGUUCUGCACAAAAUGCACUUAACAGUCAGUAUCUGCCCAUCUGCCAGAAAACAGCAUUUUUAAAGUAACUACAGAAUUGCCAUUUACCCCCAGUUAA